UCAGGGCCCUUCUUUUAUCAGUUUAGCUUCAGUGAAGCAGUGUCCGUCACUAAAGCCAUUCUCAGUGCCUCAGCAAUGUGUACAGCUGUUCUGCAGGAGUGCUGCCCCAGCAAAGCUGUCACUCGUUUUCAGACAAAACCUAUUCCAAAGCACCCUCUGCCGGCUGAGGCUCCUGCUUUGCUUUCCCAAGGCAUGUGAGAAAGCCAGGAAUUAGUCAGCAGGCUUAUUGCAGUACAAUCAAGAUAAAAUGGCAUAGUUUGUGAUUAACAGAAAGCCGAUGCCCUUGGCAAAAGGCAUCUGAUUGAUAAGAACUAGGAGAUCCCCUCUCUGAUAUGCACUGAAAUCUACUACAGCCAUUUGCAAGUUCUGUUCUGUUCAGUGGGAGGUGUCUCAAAUGCUGCUAUAAAUUCUGCUCCUCCAGAUAUGCACUGCAGAAGCCAGUCAAAAAACAUUCCCAGUAAUCUGGUACAAGCAAAGGACUCAGCCCAGAGCAAAGCACUUCUCUACUGUGUGAAUUUCCAGAGGAAAUAUGAUGGUGUAUGUACAUUUGAUCUUCCUAUCCAUCUUCCUCCCGGCUUCCGUGAUAUCAGAAUCAUAUGAUGCAAUUGAAGGUGAAGCUUUAGUUGUAAGAUGUCCCAACAAUGAUUUAUCUGCAAAAGUCACCUGGUAUCACACAGACACAAGGAAAAGAAUUCCUGAAGAAGAAGAGGGAUCACGAGUAUUUUCAAAAGAAAUGUUUCUUUGGUUUCUGCCAACUUCUUUAGAGGAUUCUGGAAAUUACACUUGUCUUAUAAAUUAUCCAGAUGGGAGCCAAAAAGGGCGCAAAAUGAAUGUUCAGGUGCAUCCAUGCAAACAAGGAAUGUGUUUCCCAAGCCGGAUACUUUAUGCAAAUGAAACUAGAAAAGGAAAAAUUUCUUGUCCGACAUUUAAGAAUUAUGAGAAUGCUACUAUCGUCCAGUGGUAUAAGGACUGCAAACCUCUACAGGGAGAGAGAUAUUUCAUGCAUGAUCCUUAUAUUUUUAUUGAAAACCUGAAUAAGGAGGAUGAUGGUUAUUAUACUUGUCGGUUUACUUAUACUCACAGAGGAAGGGUGUUCAAUGUAUCAGCAACAAGGAUCUUUAUAAGUGAAGAAAAGCACUCAUCUCUACCUGUUCAAAUUUUAUUUCCAAAAGAUGAAGAUGUAAUAGAAGUGGAGCUUGGUGCUGCUUUCUCUCUGAAAUGUCAGGCCCGGUUGGGGAUUAAGAAGCAGCCUGUAGCUGUUGUCACGUGGGAUGUGAAUAAGAUGCCAGCAGAAUAUGCAGAUGAAGGAAAAAUUAAUCAAGAAGUUAUUUAUUUUGAAGGAGAGCACCAAGAGUUCUAUGGAGAGGCAACUUUGACCAUUAGUAACAUAGAACAUACGGAUUUGCAGUCCAGUUUCUCAUGUGUAGCCAUGAAUGAAAUGGGAAACACAAGGAUCACGGUGACGUUACGACUCAAAGAAAAAUCAGCAGGUCCUAAUGUCCUCAUGAUUGCUGGAUUUCUAGUUCUGCUAAUGUCAGUAGCAGUCUCUGUUGUACUGUAUCAGUCUUUCCGAGUCGAUAUCAUCCUGUUGUAUCGGGACUUGUUUCAGGCCUAUUCAGUCAAGGAUGAUGGGAAGAUAUAUGAUGCCUAUGUUAUUUACCCCCGGAGCCAGACCAAUGAAGCUACUUUUGUAGAAUAUUUUGUUUACCAAAUUAUGCCAGAUAUUCUAGAAAAUAAAUGUGGCUAUAAAUUAUGCAUUUAUGGCAGAGAUACCUAUCCUGGAGAAGAUAAAGCGAAUGCAAUUGAGAAGAGGAUACAGAAGAGCAGACGGUUGAUCAUCCUUCUCACACAGCAGCUGAUUAACUGUCAAGAACUUAACUAUGAUCAACAUAUUGCUUUAUACAAUGCCCUCAUUCAAAAUGAUACAAAGGUGAUCCUACUGGAAAUGGAGAAGAUGGGGACUUAUGAGAAUCUUCAGGAAUCUCUUAGGUACAUCAUCAAGCGGCAAGGUACUGUCAAAUGGAAAGAGCAGCACACUGUGCACCCACAGUCAUCCAAUUCAAAGUUCUGGAAACAUGUGAGGUACCACAUGCCAGUGACAUUCAAGUCCUCAAACCCAGCUAAUGCUGGGUGAACAGUCUGCCCAAGAAAAUGCUGGUACUUCAUCAAGGUGAACCAUCAGCAUAUGAUUCUCUUUUUGCUAUCAGUAGGUACAUUAUUUUGCAUCAUGGACACCUGUUCUGCAUUUUUUCCCCACAUCUUUCAGCCACUCAGUUGAGUAAUGAUAAGGGAAAUGAAUGGAGCAGGUCUAGGAGCUGAGGGAAUUUUGUUGAAGUUCGAGAAUUCUGUAAAUGAAUCAUUCCAGGCAGACAACAGAACUUUGCACGUCACAGGAAACAGAAUCUAUCCAUGCCCUUCCCAUAUAUACUUGUACAUAUUACUGAAUUUUUUAGUUCUGAAUAUUCUGUAGAUUUACUUUAUCUCUCUAAUACAGUUGAUCAAACAUAAACGCCUUCUGUACUAUUUGACUGGAAAGUAUCAUGUGGUUUUCUUCACUUUAUCCACCUUUUUGAUUCAGUAGUUUUACUCAUACCAUGAAAUUUAAUCUAUCCUUAGUAGGGAUGCUUCAAGAGAGGCUCUUUGGAGACUAAUGUGAAUACAGGAUUUAUUAGAAAUGCAGUGUAAGGAAAACGUAUACAUACUGAUAGACCAAUAUAUAUUAAAUAUAUUCAUACAUAAAAGUGAAACUCACAAAAGGAGAAAUUAUUUUAUAGAGACAUAAGAAAGUGAUUUUGUUUUGAAAGCUGCUACAUAUUUAAAUUCUUAUAAGUAGCAGUAUUUUAGAUCUAUCAAGUAUGAUAGUCUGUGCUAUAACUAUUGUUACUAUUUUGUACAUUGAUAGCAUUCAUUUAAGCUACUGAUAGAGACUUACUGCAAUUUUAUUAUUGCCAAUAUUCUUCUUCUUCCCCCUUCUUUGAUCUUAUUCCUGGUUAUACUUUGUUCUGACAGAGAAUAUCCUGAGAUGCAAAGAUCAGAAUGAAAUCUCUUCUGAGUGCAGGAAUGUAUGAACAAAGCAUGCUUUAGUGCAUAUAUCCUUGGGAAAUUUAAUCUUUUUAGCUUCUUAAAUACAGAUUAUUAUUUUUAGUCAGAGAAGACCUGGUUUUGAGCUUCAGUUAACUAUAGAGAUGGACUUGAAAAGUGAAAAUUAGAACGUCUUACGAUACCACAUCCUUUUAUUGUACAGUGUAGAUUUUCAUUGAGUAUGGAAUUUCAGACUUAUGGAUAGCUGUUGGAGUAGGAAGACUAUAUGUGAAAUAUAUGUGUUGAUAUUUUUUCAACAUGACAUUAAAAAGACAAUGGGAAAUAAACCAGCUUUUCUCUGAUUUAU